AUGAGUGGCCCCAUUAUCCUCAAUGGUGAAGAAGAGAGAUUGAGAUCUCUGAAGACUGAUGACAGUAUUGUGGUUGCACCUGCUGACAAAGUUGGCGCAACGGUCCUCAUGGACAAGGCUGACUACGUGCAGAAAGCGAACGAAGUCUUUAAUGACAGGGAAGCCUACGCACCACUCGCUGAGGACCCAACGACAACGCGGUACGCAGGUAUAAAAAAGAAGGUAAAUGAUCUCGCUCGACUAAAGCUGAUUACUCCUAGUGACUCCAGCUUCAUGACUCUCAGCGACCCCGUAUUGCACAUGCUUAUGGCCUUCCAAAAAUGA